AUGCAUCACUUUACAGAGGUGUUUGGGAUCAUAUUUCUUUUUGGUAUACAAAUAGUCAGUGGCCAUGUUAAUUCAGCGACAUGCAACAGUAAUGAGCAGAUGAAGUGUACAAUGUCAUGUGAUUGUGAAGCUAAAUAUUUGACCGAUUGUUGCGUUGAUCCUUCAUUCACUGGUGUAAUAAACAUCAAAACACAAGACGGAAAAAUAUUCAACGCAUACUGUGUCCAGGGUUGGACUUACGCAUUUAAACGUUUUGACGGCUCGGAGGAUUUCUACCGCACUUGGGUCGAGUAUCAACAUGGCUUUGGUAAAAGAGAUGGUGAACAUUUCAUUGGAUUGGAUAACCUUGCCAGCUUUGUGAAGGGGCGUACGUGCAAAGUGCGGUUUGAUUUGGAAGCAUGGCCUCCCGUAUCCCCAGCUAAACGAUUUGCCGAAUAUUCAAUAUUCAAUGUCGCAGACGAGACCCAAAAGUAUCGUCUUACCAUCGAUGGAUACAGUGGAACAGCUGGUGAUGCAAUGAAAAGAAAACACAAUGGACGAAUGUUUUCCACGCAUGACCGAGAUAAUGAUGAGGCCGAUUUUAAUUGUGCCACUUCCUACCAUGGUGCUUGGUGGUACGGACACUGCCACGAUGCAAACCUUUUUGGAUUGUACGUGAAUGGGCCAAUUUGCCCGGCACAUGCAAAGUGUCUUGUUUGGGAAAAUUGGCCAUCUGUUAUCGGAACACCAACAAAUAACUACUACUCGUUCAAAAAUGCAUCUAUGAAAAUACAUUGCUGUUAGAUUCUGUACAAACAAGUAAAUACAAGUAAUGGCAUGUGCAAUACUUUAAAGAUCAAAUAUUUGAAACGAUUUUUUGUUUUUGUUCAAUUUGCUUUCACCAUUCUCAUACUACUAGAACAAAUACCAUUUGAUAAGAUUGUGUGUGUAGCCAAGCUUCAGGUAGGAUUCAUGCAGUUGCCUCGCCAACAUUUCAGAGAAACAUAUUAAUUUAGACUUUCUUCAAUUGAAACUGUAAAACUGAAGCCCCGUGAUAGCAUUAUUUCAAAUGUUAGCAUCUGCAUCCUUGCAAUGAUCUGCAAAGGGCUAACAAGCCCAUUUAAAGCAGACAUAUUAUUUAACAAAAAUAGAAUUUGAAUAUAAUAUAAUUUAAACCCUAACUCUUAUAUUUAAAAAUCUAUGGUUUGGAUACAACUCAUUUUAAAAUUGAAAGGAAACUCCCUGUUUGUACCCCCUAGGAAGUCCAUUUAUGUUGAAAUGCACUAAAACGACUUUGCAUGCUACCGCGUUGACAUCAUCCCUCUUUACCAGUAGUGCAGGC